AUGGUGAAGAAGAUAAUGGUUAUUUUAAUCAUGAAACCAGGGCCAGGGUGGAAAUCCAGCAAUAAUCAGCAGGGCAUCCAUGCUUCUGCAUCCUAUUCCACUCCACAAUGCGUCAACAACUAUGAAAUUUCUCCAUCAACUCGUUCCAACAAGACAAUUUAUCCUCCUUCACAACAACAACAUUUGCAAUACAGCUCCAGUAGAAAACAAUUUGGCUUUCGUCAACAGCAACAGCAAGAGGAAUCAGCAGAGUUGCACAGUGGCAAUCGUCUUACUCAACAAGAGAAACAACUGCAAGAAUUAUUUCAAUCACAACUUCAGCAGUCUUACAACCCACAACAACGCCAACAAUUUCUUCAACAGCAUCAACUAAACCAACAACAAAGUCGACCAAAUUUUUCUCAAUUCAAAGCUAAUAACAACAUUAUUUCAUACGAUACCAACUCUAGUUACGUGACCCCCAAUGUUAAGUCAUUCAUCAACCAACAUCAAUCAUCUCAACAAUCUCUGACACCUCAACAGCAAACACCACAACAGCCAACACAACAGCAACCACAACAACCACCACCACAUCAGACACAGCAACAAGCAGCAGCAACAACAGCGCAACAACUUCAACCGCAACAAAAUUCUCCAGCUCCAUCUAACUUGCUUCGAAAUAUAAGCGGUCGACGAACAGUUCAUGCCGGGACGGUGCACGAUCGCAAGAAGCUGGAAGCCGCGCUGGAGGGUGUUAGCAAAAUAAAAUUUGAUGGAGAUAUAUUCGGGAGUGCUUGCGAUGCUAGGAUUGGAUGGAUUGACAAAAAAAAAAGUUCCGAGAAAGAGGAAAUUAAAGUGAGAAAGCCCGAGGAUGGAUCCAAGCAAGCGGUUGAUGCUGCCUCUACAAACGUCAAACCUGCCAAAUCGACCAUCGGCAGGAGUGGGAGAUUUUCCUUCCUCAAUAAGCUGGCUUCUAAAUUAGGAAAAAGUUAUUACUUAUAUUUUUCCUUUGUAAAUUUGCCUAAAUUUACCUAA